CUGUAGAUUGGCCAAUGGCGAGGCAUCGUUUCGGAGAGUGACGUUGGCGAUGGCACGUCGCUCGUCUCUUAUCGCAAGCUUCUUCUUCUGGUGCAUGGCAAUCUUGACUUUUCCCUGCCGCGAUGCCGCAUAGGGUGCAGCUUGUUAGGCCAUGGCGAUGCGCCUUCGCCAGUUCAUCUCUCGACUUCUCUUCCUCCCCAGUGCUGUCUAGGACGCGUGUACCACUGCCCUUCUUGCGGUAUCAUUACCCUCGCUUUCCCCCUCGUCCUCCCCUCGUUCCUUCCUGGCUCCCUCACUGCCCGGUGCAACUGCCCGAGACGACGGACAAUCUCACAAUCUGAGGCAGGAGCUUCCCCUCUCGGCGCAGUCACUCGUUCCCCCGGCCAGCUUGAUCACAGGAGCUCUCAGUCGUUGGGUUUCUAUUCUC